UAUGAGUUUGAGUAACGCUGAGUCGCAAAAUAUGAGUAGUCGAUAUAUCACGCUGGGUAUUUCUUUUUUAGGUAUCGAGCAGCCGACGAUGCAAAGGAUGAUUGAACUCAAUAGACGUCUCGAGCAGCUCGAAAUUAGCUAUGAUGACGUGUUCGAUGUAGUCAACGACGAGGCGGAACGAGCUCGCUUAGAAGCGAGGAAGUCGCUGCAAAAGAAAGAAAUUACGAAACCGGCGGCGAAAGCGGUAGUUGAGAAGCCUCAAAAGGCCGAAGAGAAACCAUCGACGUCGAAAGAGAAGCGGUCUUCGGUCCCGAACACACCAGACGUAAACCUGGACGGAAUCGAGACGGACGAAAGAGCAGCGCGUGGAGACCUUAAAGAAAGAAUUCAAGGGAUACUCGACUCAUACAGCGAAACGUCAACGGUAAAGACUGAGACGCCUCAAGAUUCCGAAAACGUAGUCAAAAAAUCGAUACUCGAGGCGCGGGUGAAAGAUCAAGAGCGCACGCCGAAUACGACGCAGCAACAACAGCCGCGGUACGCCACGCCGAAUACUCCGGCGUCCGAUUCAGCGAGUCGAUCGCAGCGAAGCACGAGCGAGUCACGGAGGCGCGAUACGAGCACGGGUGACUCCUCGUCAAAAAAGACGGACGUGUCGAGUAGCUCACGUGGAUCAAGAGUAAGCGGCGUCGAGUCGAUCGAAAAGAAGCGGUCGUCAUCGAGGAGCUCGUCCAGCGAUUCGGAUUCAGAUUCGUCCGAGUCAACGCCACCGAAGAAGUCUAGAAAGUCGAAAUCGUCAAGAAAGCGAGCAGCGACGAAACGCAAGUCAACUUCGAAGAAUAAAGCGUCACCGAAGAAGAAAAAGGUUACGUCGACAAAAAAGAAACCGGCGACAAAACGUAAACCGGCGACGACGAAACCGGCAGUAAAGCGUAAACUCCCAGUAGCGAAAGACGAGACGCCGGAAAUACCGCCUGAAGGAGUGAAAACUCGUAGCCAGACGCGAAGCGAGUCGAAAUCGGUAGAGGAAGGUGAAGUUACCCAAUCUAGCCAAGAGACGCUCGAGCUUGCGGCAGAUGCGAGUGAAUUUGAGGAGCAGCCCGAAUCAAGACCACCGUUACCGAACGUACCGGCACCCGAGCAGCCGCCGCCCCCGAGCCCAGAGCGAGUUCUCCAGGACCAGCAGCCUGGUCUAGCGCAGUUAACGCCGGGCGAACGGGCGCAGCGCGCCUUUCAAGAACGAGAGCGCGAGUUUAGACGAAACAUGGAAAUAGCGUUGCGACAUCACGACCGAGAAGCCGCUAGAGUACGUGAAGGAAGAAUGGAUCUCGGACCGAUAGAAGAUUAUUUCGAGCCGCUGGAAAAUUGCCCGCCACCACCAGCGCCAGUAUGGCUGAUGGCCGAGUUUCGGUACGAGCCGCGCGGUGAGAGAUACGUUUGAGGUAU